AUGCCUUCUUUGUGCAGAUGCAGAGAGGAACAUAAGAAGAAAAACCCAGAAGUUCCAGUCAAUUUUGCAGAAUUUUCUAAGUGCUCUCAGAGGUGGAAGACAAUGUCGGCAAAAGAUAAAUCUAAAUUUGAUGAGAUGGCAAAGGCGUAUAAAGUACGCUGUGCUCGGGAAAUGAAGGAUUAUGGACCAGCUAAAGGAGGCAAGAAAAAGAAGGACCCAAAUGCCCCCAAAAGGCCACCGUCUGGAUUUUUCCUUUUCUGCUCGGAAUUCCGCCCCAAGAUCAAAUCCACAAACCCUGGAGUCUCUAUUGGAGAUGUGGCAAAGAAGCUGGGUGAGAUGUGGAAUAAUUUAAGUGACAGCAAAAAAGCAACCUUACAACAAUAA